UUUCAUAACGUAACACUACGUUGAAUUGUCCUGUAUGACUCCGCCUGUGGACGAAUGUCCUCCGGGGCCUUCUCCUCACGGCAGUGCGACGCCGUCCCGCCAGGGGGCGUCUGCGCACCACCCUCCUUCGUUUCAGAAAUCUGCGAAGAAGAGACAGUAUAAAUGGUCCGAGGUACCUGGGCAGUAUUACCCAGGUACCUCGGCACCCGGCACCAUGCCACCAACCCCAGAAUCCAGCCCUCAGCCUAGGAGUGAGGACUCUACACCUCGUAAAGGCAAAGGCAAGAAGAGAGAUAAUCCUGUGAAGAGAUGGUGUUUUACACUGAACAACUAUACGGAUGAAGAUCUUCAGCAUUUGAAAGAAGUCAUCACAGAAGAAUCUUGUCUUUAUGCUAUUAUUGGCAAGGAAGUUGGUGAAAAUGAGACUCCUCAUCUACAGGGGUUUGUCAAUUUGAAGGUGAAGAAACGUCUGUCUGCCAUGAAAACAUUGAUUUCUCCCCGUGCUCAUUUGGAACGUGCCAUGGGCAGUGGUGCGGAGAAUGAGAAAUAUUGUGGCAAAGAUGGAGAUAUUUACCUGACCAUUGGUGAACCGUCUUAUUCCGGUAAACGAACUGAUUUGGAGAGUGCUGUUUCGAUGCUGAGAGCCAGUAAGGGCGAUAUGCGGGAAGUUGCUGAUGCCUUUCCCUGUACUUAUGUACGGUAUGGGCGGGGUCUGAAUGCUUGGGUCGACGCUGCCCGCCUCCAGAAACCACGUGACUUCAAGACCAACGUGCAGAUCUGGGUGGGACCACCCGGAUGUGGAAAGUCACGUGCUGCUGCUACGCUUUGUCCUGACCCGGAUGAAGUGUUCUACAAGUCUCGUGGUGAAUGGUGGGAUGGCUAUAAUGGACAGUGUAAUGUCAUUAUUGAUGAUUUCUAUGGAUGGGUGAAGCAUGAUGAGAUGUUACGUAUAUGUGACCGCUACCCUCAUCGUGUCCCUGUUAAGGGUGCAUUUGUACAGUUCUUGGCUAAGAAUGUGUAUAUUACAUCCAAUAUCAUGCCUGAUGUAUGGUAUAAGUUUGAGAGUUACAACCCUGCUGCGCUUAUGCGUCGUAUUAAUGUGUUUCAGGUCUGGAACGUCGUCCAGUCCUGUUUCGAAGAGUACAACGCAACGCCUAUGUUCUGCCUGUUGAUGUCUUUGGAGGUGGGGUCAGUUGAGUCAUCAAAGUCAAUCCAUCCAAAGUUCAACGGCAUUGAGAAUGAUUCUUUUGAGAAACAUGCAUCGAAUGUGGGUAUAAAUGACACCACAAUACAGUUCAUUCUGAAGUAGUCAAACUUUGCCCAGUCUCCUGUGAAG